GCGCUCGUUACAUUGGAGACAGUGUGAGAGCAAAGGAGCAAAUGUGCGCGGCGGCGAAGAGGGAGGGAGGACAGCGAGUGCGCAAAUAGGAAGCCAGGCACAUCAGCGGCGGCGGCGGAGGAGCAUCUUCCUCGUUCUGGUCCCGAUCCCGAUCCCGAUCCGGAUCCGGAUCCCCCGAGUCUCCGGCUGACAGCGCUUCGUGUGCGUCUCUCUCUGAGAUUUCACUGCCGGCUGAAGUGUCCAGCUGAAGCCUCCGCCAACCAUCACCUCCUACCACACACUUUCUCUGGAAGCUUGGCUAUUCUUAGCUCAGCUGCGAGAGACAACUCCUUCCGGUCCUUCUCUUAUUUAUCCCAGUUUCUUGAAUAUUUAAUGGAAAAUGGCGAUCUGCGCGCAGUCGUGCGGUAUUUUCUGCCUGUUCGCGAUCCAAACUGUACUUAUCAUCUGCGUGUCCACGCCGACCGCCGGGACGCAUCUCUUCCCCCAGCACUACACAAUGAUUCACUGGGCCGGACGCAUCGAGAAGGAGCUGGAAAAGGUUCUGCAGCACGUCACCGGGACUCAGCAGAUGAGAUCGAUUUAUAAUGAGAAGAAGAGCCAGUUCGAAAUCAAGAGAAACAACCCCAAGGACUUGGUGGAGAAAGUGGCACGAGACAUCUCCAAGCUGCUCGACAGCAAGAGAAAAGCCCUGAAGAAACUCGCCAAGGAGGCAGAGGCGCUUCAGACGGACCACGUAUGGCAAGACGGUGUGACGGAGAAUGCCAUUUCAUACUACGAUUCCAAAGCGGAUUCAGACUAUACGGAGGAUGGAGAGGAGGAGAACCCGCUGGAGAACUCGUUGUCACUGGAGCUGGAGUUCGUGGACGAUCCCAAUUUUAAGAACAAAGUGAACUACUCCUACAGCGCGGUCCAGAUCCCCACUGACAUUUACAAAGGCUCCCCGGUCAUCCUCAACGAGCUGAACUGGACCCAGGCGCUGGAGCGGGUCUUCAUUGAAAACCGAAGGGACGACAGCUCCCUGCGCUGGCAGGUGUUUGGCAGUGCCACGGGAGUGACUCGGUACUACCCAGCCACUCCGUGGAGGGCGCCCAACAAGAUUGACCUGUACGAUGUCCGCAGAAGACCAUGGUAUAUCCAAGGAGCAUCGUCUCCAAAGGACAUGGUCAUCAUAGUGGAUGUGAGCGGGAGCGUCAGUGGACUCACGCUGAAGCUCAUGAAGACCUCGGUGAUAGAGAUGCUGGACACCCUGUCAGACGACGACUACGUGAACGUGGCCAGGUUCAAUGAAAAGGCAGACGCCGUCGUCCCGUGCUUCAGGACUCUGGUCCAAGCCAACGUUCGCAACAAGAAGAUCUUCAAGGAAGCCGUCAUGCACAUGCAAGCCAAAGGAACCACGGAUUACAAGUCUGGCUUCACGUUUGCCUUCGAACAGCUUCUCAAUGAGAGCAGCGCCCCGAGGGCCAACUGCAAUAAGAUGAUAAUGAUGUUUACAGAUGGCGGGGAGGAUCGCGCACAGGAAAUCUUUGAGAAGUACAACUGGCCCAACAAAACAGUUCGAGUUUUCACCUUCUCCGUCGGUCAGCAUAAUUACGACGUCACGCCUCUGCAGUGGAUCGCAUGUGCCAAUAAAGGUUACUACUUUGAAAUUCCAUCAAUCGGAGCCAUCAGGAUCAAUACCCAGGAGUACCUGGAUGUCCUGGGACGGCCCAUGGUGCUGGCCGGCCCCAAAGCCAAGCAGGUGCAGUGGACCAACGUCUACCAGGACGCCCUGGGUCUGGGCCUCGUCAUUACUGGUACGAUGCCAGUCUUCAACAACACUCCAGAUACCAGCAGCUCUCAGAAUCAGCUCAUCCUUGGAGUCAUGGGCGUCGACAUCGCAAUCAGCGAAAUCAAAAAGAAGACGCCGACAUACAGACUCGGAGCGAACGGAUACACCUUCGCCAUUGACCCAAACGGUUAUGUUCUGCUGCAUCCAAAUCUGAGACCGAAGAUCAUUAACUUCAGGGAACCCGUCACUCUGGACUUCCUGGAUGCAGAACUGGAAGACAGCAACAAGGAGGAGAUCCGUCGACGGAUGAUUGAUGGCGAAUCAGGGCAAAGGAAAAUCAAAACGCUCAUUAAGUCAGUUGAUGAGAGAUACAUCGACGAGGCCUUGCGGACGUACACGUGGACGCCCGUGGAGGGCACGGACUACAGUUUAGGGUUGGUUCUACCAACAUAUAGUGAGAACCACAUCAAGGCCAACUUAAGUGACCAGAUCCUUCAGGUGCAGUAUUUUGAAUCACUGCUGCCAAACAGUUUUGAGUCUGAAGGACAUGUAUUCAUUGCUCCCAGGGAAUACUGCAAUGAGCUGGAACUGUCCAACAACAACACCGAGUUCCUGCUCAACUUCAUCGCUCUGAUGGAGAAAGUGACUCCAGAUUCCAAACAAUGUGACAAUCUGCUUCUUCACAACCUCAUCCUGGACACCGGCAUCAUCAGACAGCUGGUGGAGAAAGUGUGGAAGAACAAAGAUUUAAAUACAUACGGCUUUCUGGCUGUGUUUGCUGCGACAGAUGGAGGGGUAACAAGAGUGUUUCCCAACAAAGCUGCAGAAACCUGGGAGGAAGACCCUGAGCCGUUUAAUGCCAGCUAUUACCGCCGCAGCCUCGACAACAAGGGCUACAUCUUCCGAGCGCCUUAUCGAACAGCGAGGGACGAGCUGCUGAACCCAGAAAAUGACACCAUAGGUAUUCUGGUCAGCACGGCUGUUGACAUUACAAUUGGAGGGAAGACCAUCAAGCCUGCAGUUGUUGGGGUGAAACUAGACCUUGAAGCUUGGACCGAUAAGUUCAAGAUUCUGGCCAGCAACCACACCGACAACCGCCAAGGCUCAAAUACGUGUGGACCAAACCGAGGCUGUGAAAUGGACUGCGAAGCCAACAGUGACGAUCUCCUGUGUUAUCUAAUAGACGACGGUGGAUUCCUCAUCAUGUCCAAUCAGAAAGAAGACUGGAACAAGGUCGGCAUGUUCUUCAGCGAUGUGGACCCGUACCUGAUGCACGCCCUCUACAAUAACUCCUUCUACAAUCGGAAGCAGUCGUACGAUUACCAGUCUGUGUGUGAGCGCAUUCCAAACAGCGAGGCAGGAGCUGCACCCAGAGGAGUGUUUGUACCCACAAUUGCAGAUUUUGUCAACAUAGCAUGGUGGACAUCAGCUGCUGCAUGGUCUUUGUUCCAGCAGUUUAUAUACGGGCUGGCAUAUCGCAGCUGGUUUGUCACAGACGAGGUGGAUGCCGAGGGAUUUGACUCCAAAGAGAGGAGUUGUGUAAUGAUCCAGACCCAGUAUUACUUAAGUAAUCUCAGCAGCUCCUACAACAUACUGCAAGACUGUGGCAACUGCUCAAGGCUGAUCCAUGCCAAGAGGAUAAACAACACCAACUUGCUCUUUGUGGUCGCAGAAAAGAUGCCAUGCAACACCUGCGAGAUAGAGAAGCUUUCCCAGGAGGAGGAGGAAUUCAAGGAGGAUAAUCCAUGUGAAGAAUUGGCUGUGGCGCGCUAUCGAAAAGGACCCUCCACCUGCUUCGACAAUAACGUCACUGAGAACACGUCGGACUGCGGACGAGGGCACGCCUUCCGACCUCCUCUUUAUACUUUACUGCUCGUCCAGCUGCUCCUGCUCUAUCCAGCGGUCAGUCCCCACCUUCACUCUCUACUACAUUAAUUCCAUCGUCCGGCGCUAAUCCUCCUUUUGGCCCCUCCCCCUCCCCCGAGCUUCUCUCCAGCCCCACAACGCUCCGUCCGCCCCACGCCCCCCCCCCCCCCCCCCCCGGCCAAGCCCCCUCGCCUGGUAUAGUGAUAGGUAAUAAUGGGACUUCCCGUCACGGCCAGUCGGAAGCCCAGAGUGCCGCGUUACCCAGCCUGCUUCAGUGUGCGCCGCUUAGUGACAGCUGCCGGACGUCCGCGUCCUCCACCACUUAACCUCCAUCUGCAGGAAGGGCGGGUGGCGGCAGGCCACCUGAGUCAGAAAAGAGAAAACAAGCACCCUCCUCCGCCCCACCCGUAACCGUCCCGCAACCUCCGCCGCUGUCGCCGUGGGAGGGGGAACCAGAGGUCGGCCUGCUCUUCACAGACCUCCCACCACACACAGACUGGAGAACUGAGGCUGUCUGCCCGCCUGCACCUCCUCCUCCUCCUCCUCCUCCUCCUCCUCCUCCUCCUCCUCCUCCUCCUCCUCCUCCUCCUCUCCUCCAUCCCAGAGUGUCACCGCUCUGUCAUUUGCCUCUCAAGCGAGGCUGCGGACCAUUCAGCCGGUUAUAGCCUCCAUAAAAGAAAAUAUGUGG